AUGUUCAGAAAAAGCAAAAGGGUGUGUUUUAGUCCCGGUGUUCAUGAGAAACCAACCAUUAUUCUAAAGCAUAGUAGCUGCAGCAGAGUAUUAAGAAACAGGAAGAGAAUAAUUGGAACUUGGAGUUUCAGAUUUCACAGCAGAGACCCUGUUAUGUUACCUGUCAGAUUCCUAAUAAGGCUUGGAGCAAAGGUAACAAAUUCUCUAAAAACCGUUUCUUUGAGAAGGAGAUCCACUAUGAAGGUUCCUUCAUCCACUUUGGUAAGGUCUCAUUCUUUAUCAGAUCACCUCGCCGAUUCACACCGUGCGAAAGCUGUAGCAGAUUGCAUCGAGUUCUUGCAUUCUUCUUCCUCUAGAGAGGCACCUAGUUGA